AUGGGCUCAACGACAUGCGUCUCAGUUCUGAUACUGGUGUUUAUCUAUCUCCUGCAAGCGUAUCGUCAAAGAAAACGAACGACACGUGUACGAGGACCUCAGAGCCCAAGUUGGUUGUUUGGCUUCGCCAAGACAGUGAAUUCCGCCGCUAUCAUCACUGAACUGUACGAACACUGGGCCAAAGAGUACGGACUAGUGUACAAGGUACCCCACGUCUUGGGACUGUCCAGAGUCAUACUGUGGGACCCGAAGGCGAUCUCUCAUUUCUUUGCAAGAGACACCUGGUUAUAUAACCAGACUCCAUUCAACAAGCUUGCCAUUCAGACGACAGUCGGAAGAGGAGUGUUAUGGGCCGAUGACGAAGAUCACAGAAUGCGGCGCAAGGCUCUCAACCCUGCCUUUACCUCAAUUGCUAUUCGUAGCUUGAUGCCUCUCAUCCACGAUACCGCUCACAAGGCAAUGAUCGCUUGGGACAGUGAGAUAGAAUCGAAUCAAGGAACUGAUUGCGCUGUAAUUGAUGCUCAACAAUGGUAUUUGCUUGACAGUGUAGGGAUAGCCGCUCUAUCUCAUGAUUUCGGCGCACUCCAUGGAAAUAACUCUGACGUCGUGCAUGUCCUGAAUGCCUUUAGUUCAUCUACCAACGUCUCCUACAACUUGGUCACCCUGGCACAGAAUUUUCCUUCCAUCCUAAAGCUACCAUUGCCUCGCAUACAGUUCUCCCAGAAGCUAAAUCUGAUCGUUGGAAAAAUAUGCCAGGAGAUGGUAUCGCGGACGCGCAAGGAAAAAGAGACUGGCGGUACUGGACAAGGGGACAAAUCAUGUUUGAAUUCGCUCUUGGAAGCGGAGGAAUCUAGCGAGAGCGAAGGACUGACUCCACAAAAAGUAUUAGACGAGGCAAAGAUUCUACUUCUCGCCGGCUUUGAGACCACUGCAGUCACCAUGACAUGGGCUUAUAUAGAACUUGCGCGGAAUCCAGACAUCCAGACGAAGCUUCGCGAUGAGUGUCUAGAGUUCGGACCAUCUCCCUCAUAUGACGACUUUACAAAUAAGCUUCCCUACCUGGAUGCUGUAGUGAAUGAAGUUCUCCGCCUCCACCCAGCAGCCAAGGAAAUCGAGCGAGCGGCUAUACAAGAAGACGUGAUCCCGCUCAGUGAACCCUUGCGCACAGCUACUGGUGACUUUACCGAGAGCGUAUGCAUCCCGAAGGGGACGGUGGUCGUUAUCCCACUUGCCGCACUUAAUUGCUCUGUUAGCAUGUGGGGCCCUGACGCGAAGACGUUCAAGCCUUCACGCUGGCUCGAAGGGGACGAGGGUACGCAUGGUGCCAGAACUCUUCAGGGCUAUCGACAUUUAAUGACAUUUGGCGAUGGGGCGCGGAUGUGCUUAGGGAGGCUAUUUGCGUUGACAGAGUUUAAGGCUGUACUAUUCGUCCUUGUGCGAAACUUUGUGUUCGAGAUGGCAGAUGGCCCUGGCGUGCCGAUCGUAGAGAGUUUGGGGACUGUACCAAGACCGAGGGUUGUAGGGAGUGUUGAGGCUGGAAGUGUGCCUCUUCGGGUGCGCCGCUAUGAAGUUUGACUGCGGUCUGCAGCUAUAUAAUGCCGCUAGCACCAAAACAUCGAUUUCGUAACUUAUCUGGAUGACUAUAUACGAGUCUCG